AUGUCGAAACCACUGUCUUACCAAAGUACACGAUGCGUUUUGCAAUAUUUCGAUUCAACUGAAAGAUUUCUCUUGACAUCGCACUGCCCUGCUAUCAAGCAAUUCGAAAAGUCAAUCCCGUUACGUCUCAAAAGCCUAGAAUUCAAAAAAGAUAGUAUCACUUGGAACGGUCUCAGGUUUUGUCUUAAUGAGACAGUUAGUGUGCAAAUUGGUGUGAAGCGUGCAAGAAGAGGUGAAGUGCGUCCCAGAAGAGCUGGAGAAAUAUCUCGUACCUGCUCCUACUCGGUAACAAUCACAAAAAGGGAUACAAGAAUGAUGAGUGGACAGAGAACAAUCGCUCGCUGUACGAAACGCAUCAAAAUCUCGGAAAACAAAGCGUUGGAAAAGUUGGCGUGCAUCCUUCUGGGUGAAAGGAAUAUUAUUUACACGAAACGAGUGGAAGUCGAAGACGAAUAUCCGGCUGAUAUCGAAUGGCCUGCAAACUUCAAAGUUGCUGUGGACACGUUGGUUGCGGAACACCACAACUUCGAGUAUAUUCUCCCCAUCGUGUCGGAUUCAUCCACUUUGAAAUAUUUGGAUUCACAAUUUUCAAAGGUGGAAACAUUCGAUAACGAUCUCGUCAAAAGAGUUGGAGCACUCUCAAUCACUAACAUCAAUGAGAGUUGUUAUCCAAAACUAGCAACUCUUCGCAAUAAUACGGUCGAUAUUGUAAACUCAUCGUUGCCGAAAGAAGUAAUUAUCAGCAUUGUAAAAAACUGGAAAGAGGAAGGAAGAGAAAUCGAAACAUUUUUCUGUACAAAGUAUGAGGAAGAUGAAGAGGACGAAGAGGAUAUCUUGGAUACUCUAAACAAUCGCCUUGAAGGGAGAAAUGGUACAAAGUCAUCGAACGAAGGCGUCGAUCGGCUCGAUGUUUCAAUGAGCACAUCGUCAACAAUCGUCGUUCAAAAGGACCACUCACGGUCUUUCACGUUGGAAGCUGUUCACAAAUAA